AUGGAGGAGCACAGCCAGCCCAACUCCAGCGUCUGUCACUCGGACGAUGGCCCGGAAAGAGUGCAAAGCAGCCCGGCAUUCUCUGGACCGGUCUUUGCCAUCCUCAUGGCGAUGAUGGUGACUUUAGUGGUUGUGACAGUUUUGGGGAACGCUCUGGUCAUGUUCGCCUUCAAAGUGGACAAGAGUCUGAGGAGGCAAUGUAAUUACUACUUCCUGAAUCUGGCAAUAUCGGACUUUCUCGUAGGAGCAUUCUGCAUUCCAGUUUACAUCCCUUACAUCCUUACUGGCCGCUGGACGCUGGGGAGGAGAUUGUGCAAGCUGUGGCUGGUCAUGGACUACCUGCUGUGCUCCGCCUCCGUCUUCAGUAUCGUCCUUAUAAGCUAUGAUCGUUUUCUUUCAGUCACCAGAGCGGUGACUUACCGGGCCAGACAGAGCAUGUCUCAUCCAGCCAUCAUGAAGAUGAUUAUUGUGUGGGUGCUGGCUUUUGUCCUGUACAGCCCGGCCAUCAUAUUCUGGGAGCUAGCGGUGGGCCGAAGCCGGGUGCCGAAGGAGGAGUGCUUCGCCGAAUUCUAUCACUCGUGGUACUUCCUGCUGUGCGCCUCCAUGCUGGAGUUCUUCUCUCCUUUCAUCUCGGUGUCUUUCUUCAACCUCAGCAUUUAUCUGAACAUACGCAGGCGGAGGCUCCGCUGUAGGGAGGCCCAACUCAACCUUCAGAUAAAUGAACCUGUGUCUACUCCAGGGGAGGGUAUUCCUCUUUCUCAUACCUGGGGUACGGGGGGCAAACUGGCCGUGAGGGGCUCCAUCCACUCCCCGGGAUCCUCUCCCAAUUUGGGCAAAACGGAUCCGUCUAGCGGCAGGGUGGCCCAUCCUAACCGUCUGUCCAGAGAUAAGAAAAUUGCUAAGUCUCUGGCCAUCAUUGUGUGCGUGUUUGCCAUCUGUUGGGCACCGUACACCCUACUGAUGAUCAUCCGGGCCGCCUGCAGAGGGCGAUGCAUCCCGCAUCACUGGUAUGAGGUCACCUUCUGGCUCCUGUGGCUCAACUCGGCCAUUAACCCUUUCCUCUACCCACUGUGUCACAGCAGUUUUCGCAGGGCUUUCACUAAGAUUUUAUGCCCAAAGCAGCGAAGCUCGACUCCCUCAAUAGCCGUCCUUCGAGAUGGCCGGUGA